AUGCGUACCUGUUCUUGUAUUUAUGAAAGUGAAAUAAAUAAAGAAAAUAAAUUUUAUACAUUAUCACAAAAUACAGCUAUGGCAGAUGAUGGAAGCGGUGCUGGGUCGCAGGUGGCGCUGGUUACAGGCGGUUAUGAUCACACAAUCAAACUGUGGCAAGCACACAGCGGAGUCUGCCUGAGGACCAUGCAACAUCCAGAUUCGCAAGUAAAUGGUCUAGAGAUAUCUCCAACGGGACAGAUGGUGGCUGCAUGCGGCUACCAACACAUACGGUUGUAUGAUCUUGCCAGUGCCAACCCAGAUCCAGUUGUAAACUUUGAGGGAAUCACUAAAAAUGUCUCUAGAGUUGGUUUUCAAAAAGAUGAUUUGUGGAUGUAUACUGGUGGAGAGGACUGGACAGCUAGGAUAUGGGAUCCAAGGGCACUUCCACAGUUUAGCUGUACAAAAAUAUUUCAAGUGCAGGCACCAGUGAAUGCUGUUAUGUUACACCCUGACCAGACACAAAUAAUGGUCGGCGACCAGAGUGGCAUUAUACACAUGUGGGAUUUACGAACAGAUCAAAAUGAACAAUUAAUACCAGAAGCGGAAGCGUCAAUCCAGGACAUAGCCAUUGAUCCCGAAGGCAAGAUGAUGGCAGCUGUAAACAAUAAGGGCAACUGCUACGUGUGGUCGUUGGGAGGCUCGGCGCCGCACCCCGUACCGCUCAAACACAUAGUUGCUCACAGCAAAUAUGCUCUCAGAUGCAAAUUCAGUCUUGAUUCCACUAUGUUAGUGACGACAUCAGGGGACUGUUCGGCCAAGGUGUGGCGAACGAGCGAUUGGUCGCUGCUGCGGGAACUGCGCAACGAGACCCAGCGCUGGGUGUGGGACGCCGCCUUCAGUAUCGAUUCCAGAUACCUCUUCACUGGUUCGUCAGACAGCUAUGCUCGCUUGUGGGACGUGGAAAAAGGUACACUGGAGAGGGAAUACUGCGGACAUCAGAAAGCGAUCACAGCACUAGCCUUCAGAGACCAGACUGUUUAG